UGCCCGGGGAAGGCGCGCACCAAGGAUCAGGCCGCGGGCUCCCCUGCCUCUCGGGUUUCUCCAGCAGCAGCUGCAGGAAGGGCGUGGGGGACGGCGAGACAAAGACCCCGCAGGCCCCGCCUCCGCCCGGGCGGCCCCUUUAAGAGGCGCGCCCCCCCGCCGCUGGCCCGGCCUCGUAUGCAAAUACGGCGGCGCGGCGGGCGCGCGCGGCCGAUCCCGGGCCCGGGCUGCGGCGGUUAGUCCUCUCCCGGCCGCCGUCCCUCCGACAUAUUGCCCGCAGGAGCUGCGGCGGCGGCGAAGCGGAGCGCGCCGGGGGGCGGAGAUGGGAGGACGAAGAGGUCCCAACAGGACAUCCUACUGUCGUAACCCGCUGUGUGAGCCAGGGUCCUCCGGGGGCUCUGGCGGGGGCCACGCUUCCAGCGCAUCUGUCACCAGUGUCCGUUCCCGCACCAGGAGCAGUUCUGGGGCGGGCCUCUCCAGCCCCCCACUGGCCACCCAGACAGUCGUGCCCCUACAACACUGCAAGAUCCCGGAGCUGCCCGUUCAAGCCAGCAUUCUGUUUGAGUUACAGCUCUUCUUCUGCCAGCUCAUAGCCCUCUUCGUUCACUACAUCAAUAUCUACAAGACAGUGUGGUGGUACCCACCUUCCCACCCGCCCUCCCACACCUCCCUGAACUUCCACCUGAUCGACUUCAACUUGCUGAUGGUGACCGCCAUCGUACUGGGCCGCCGCUUCAUUGGGUCCAUCGUGAAGGAGGCUUCUCAGCGGGGGAAGGUCUCCCUCUUUCGCUCCAUCCUGCUGUUCCUCACCCGUUUCACCGUUCUCACGGCAACAGGCUGGAGUCUGUGCCGCUCCCUCAUCCACCUCUUCAGGACCUACUCCUUCCUGAACCUCCUGUUCCUCUGCUACCCAAUGAUGGGCCUUCAACAUAUCCUCAAGUUUAUCCAGCCUCUCAGUCAUGCUACCUGUUGCCUGGAGUUCAUUUCCCCCCCAAAAGACAUCCCUCCUGGAGCUCUCCAUCCUCUUGCUCCAGUCUGGACUGGUUGCUCUUUAGGCCUGAUGUUCAGCUCAGCCUGGGACUUCCCUACGCUGCCCUCCUGGGUUGGAUCCACUGUUUCCUGGAUCCCAUGUCUUCCUCUUUCUUGGUUUUUCUCCCUUAUUUUGCUGGAAUGCAUAAUCAGGUUUGGGAUGUACAUUCCAUUCCUGCAGCUGAACUGUGACAUCCGCAAGACAAACCUCUUCAGCCACAUGGCCUCCGUGGGGCCCCGGGAGGCUGUCAGUGGCCUGGCGCGGAGCCGGGACUACCUGCUGACUCUGCGGGAGACGUGGAAGCAGCACACGCGGCAGCUGUAUGGCCCGGACUCCAUGCCCACCCACGCCUGCUGCCUGUCGCCCAGCCUCAUCCGCAGCGAGGUGGAGUUCCUCAAGAUGGACUUCAACUGGCGCAUGAAGGAAGUGCUGGUCAGCUCCAUGCUGAGUGCCUACUACGUGGCCUUUGUGCCUGUCUGGUUCGUGAAGAACACACAUUACUACGACAAGCGCUGGUCCUGCGAGCUCUUCCUCCUGGUGUCCAUCAGCACCUCCGUGAUCCUCAUGCAGCACCUGCUGCCUGCCAGCUACUGCGACCUGCUGCACAAGGCGGCUGCCCACCUCGGCUGCUGGCAGAAAGUGGACCCGGCGCUGUGCUCCAACGUGCUGCAGCACCCGUGGACUGAAGAAUGCAUGUGGCCGCAGGGCGUGCUGGUGAAGCACAGCAAGAACGUCUACAAAGCAGUGGGUCACUACAACGUGGCCAUCCCCUCCGAUGUCUCCCACUUCCGGUUCCACUUCUUUUUCAGCAAACCUCUGCGGAUCCUCAACAUCCUCCUGCUGCUGGAGGGUGCUGUCAUUGUCUACCAGCUGUACUCCUUAAUGUCUUCCGAAAAGUGGCACCAGACCAUCUCACUGGCGCUCAUCCUCUUCAGCAACUACUACGCCUUCUUCAAGCUGCUGCGGGACCGCCUGGUGCUGGGCAAGGCCUACUCGUACUCGGCCAGCCCCCAGAGGGACCUGGACCACCGGUUCUCCUGAGCCCAGGGCAAGCCCAGGGACGGCAUCCAGGCUUCAGCCCGGGGACCCCUGGGAAGGGGCUGUUGGGGAGGGGGGGGGAGGGGAAAAUCCCAAAAACUGACAAAAAAAAACCCACCAGAGCUUUGUAUUUUUGUUACAUACUGUUUCUUUCUUUGAUAAUUGAUAUGAUUAUGAGGAAAAAAAGUCCUAUUUUUAUACUCCUAA